UAAGGCCUGGAUUUACUUUAUUUAAAGCAGAGGCAAAUGGAGGAUUGAAAUUUGUUUUUGUCCUCUAUUUUUUUUUGUUAGGGCCCUCUGUUCCUGAGUCUGUGUCUGCGGGAAAACCCAUUUUUGUUUCAGGUGUGAGAUAUGGAGAGCUAAACAUGGGAUCCGUAACGUCCUUCUUUGGCGGGUUGUGUGGGAAAGAGGUGAAGAUAGAGGAGGAGAGACUUUUUCGAGCUAACGACAGACCGUACAACCUCUCCUACCAAUAUGCUAACAACGCCAUCCGGACCUCCAAAUACAAUGUUUUCACCUUCCUGCCACUCAACCUCUUCGAGCAGUUCCGGAGGCUCGCCAACGCCUACUUCAUGUUCCUCAUGGUCCUGCAGCUGAUCCCACAAAUCUCCUCUCUCUCGUGGUUCACGACCGCCGUCCCUCUGAUUUUAGUGCUGUCUAUAACAGCAGUCAAAGACGCCAGCGAUGACAUAAACAGACACACAAGCGACAAGCAGGUGAACAACCGCAUGGUAAACAUCCUCAUCGAUGGAGAACUAAAAAAAGAAAAAUGGAUGAACGUGCAGGUUGGAGACAUCAUCAAACUGGAGAAUAAUCAGUUUGUCACAGCGGAUCUUAUGUUGCUGUCCAGCAGCGAGCCUCUCAACCUGGUUUACGUAGAAACAGCUGAGUUAGAUGGUGAGACCAAUCUGAAGGUGAAGCAGGCGCUGACUGUAACCGGGGAUUUGGGGGACAGCACUGACCUCCUGGGUCACUUCAAUGGUGAAGUCCGAUGUGAGCCUCCCAACAACCGGCUGGAUAAAUUCAAAGGAACCCUGUCUCUGGACGGACAGACCUAUUCUCUGGACAACGACAAGGUGCUGCUCAGAGGAUGCACGCUGAGGAACACCGAGUGGUGCUUCGGUCUGGUCAUCUUUGGAGGUCCAGACACCAAGCUGAUGCAGAACAGUGGAAAGACCACAUUCAAACGCACCAGCAUCGACCACCUGAUGAAUGUCCUGGUGUUGUGUAUCUUUGGCUUCCUGGCAUCCAUGUGCACCAUUCUGGCCAUCGGCAGUGCAAUCUGGGAGGUAAGGGAGGGCUCUGUGUUUACGGUCUUCCUCCCUCGUGAUCAGGGGGUCGGUGCUGGCCUCACAUCCUUCCUCUCCUUUUGGUCCUACGUCAUCAUCCUCAACACGGUGGUGCCCAUUUCGCUUUAUGUCAGUGUGGAGAUCAUCCGCCUGGGGAACAGCUUCUACAUAGACUGGGACAGGAAAAUGUAUUACCCAAAGAAUGACACCCCUGCCCAUGCGAGGACCACCACCCUCAACGAGGAGCUGGGCCAGAUCAAAUACAUCUUCAGUGACAAGACUGGAACUCUGACGCAGAACAUCAUGGCUUUCAACAAGUGCUCUAUCAACGGGAAAGCCUACGGGGAGCUGUUUGACUUCUCUGGACAAAGAGUGGAAAUAACUGAGAAGACAGAGAGAUUGGACUUCUCCUGGAACCAGCUGGCGGAUCCCAAGUUCAUCUUUCACGACCACAGUCUGCUGGAGACGGUGAAGGAGGCGAACCCAGAGGCUCAGGACUUCUUCCGCCUGCUGGCUCUGUGCCACACAGUGAUGCCCGAGGAGAAGAAAGAGGGAGAGCUGUACUACCAGGCUCAGUCUCCUGACGAGGGCGCUUUGGUGACCGCAGCGAGGAACUUCGGCUUUGUGUUCCGCUCACGCACACCGGAGAGCAUCACGUUAGUGGAGAUGGGAAAACAAGUCACAUAUGAACUCCUGGCGGUUCUUGACUUCAACAACGUGCGAAAGAGGAUGUCAGUCAUAGUGCGUAGCCCUGAAGGCAAGUUGACUCUAUACUGCAAAGGAGCAGACACCAUCAUCUAUGAGAGACUACACCCGUCCUGCAACAAGCUGAAGGAGGUCACCACGGCACACCUGAACGAGUAUGCAGGCGACGGUCUCCGGACUCUGGUCCUGGCCUACAAAGAUCUGGAUGAGGAAUACAUGGAUAAGUGGAGAAAGCGCCACCAUGAGGCCAGCACCGCCAUGGACGGCCGAGAGGAGAUGCUCGAUGAACUUUACGAAGAGAUAGAGAAAGACCUGCAGCUGUUGGGAGCCACAGCUGUGGAGGACAAGCUGCAGGACGGUGUGCCGCAGACCAUAGAGCAACUGGCUAAAGCUGACAUCAAAAUCUGGGUGUUGACUGGGGAUAAACAGGAGACGGCGGAGAACAUCGGGUAUUCCUGCAACAUGCUGAGAGAGGAGAUGAAGGAGAUUUUCGUCGUGACGGCCAAUACGCCUGAAGGAGUCAAAGAGGAGCUGGUGAAUGCAAGAAGGAAAAUGUGUCCAGAAUCGGCGGACGAGCCGUCUGUGAUCUCGUCUCGCGCCGGUCUGUUCUGGCUCCAGAAGAUAGAGAGGGUGGAGGAUGAGAAGGUGGAGGGAGAAUACGGCCUGGUUAUCAACGGACACAGUCUGGCCUUUGCUCUGGAGAAGGACCUGCACCUGGAGCUGCUGAGGACGGCCUGUAUGUGUCAGACGGUGAUCUGCUGCAGGGUCACCCCCCUGCAGAAGGCCCAGGUGGUUCAGCUGGUGAAGAAAUACAAGCAGGCCAUCACUCUGGCCAUCGGGGACGGGGCCAACGAUGUCAGCAUGAUCAAGGCCGCUCACAUCGGCGUGGGAUCAGUGGUCAGGUAUGGGCAUGCAGGGCGGUCCCUCUUCCGCGACGGCUACUCCUUCGCUCAGUUCCGUUACCUGCAAGCGCUCCGUGCUGGGCACGCGCUGUCCUACCCGAUGUGCAAGUCUUACGAGUACUUCUUUUACAAACUUCACUUUCACCUGGUCGUUCAGUUUCUGGUGACGCGCUUCUUCUGCGGCUUCUCGCACAGUCCCGUCGGUGCCGCCAAUGUCGACACAGUGCGAGACGACGGCAAAGACAUCGCCGACUAUCAGUCCUUUGCUGCUGUUGGCGCAGACCUGCCUGCUGAUCGGCAUGAGCGUGGCAGAAUCCUAAGGCAAGUGCACAACCACAGAGCAGGAGGGAAGAAGAGGAGGCAGUUUGACUUCAGGCUGGGGACGGAGGUGAUCACGGUGGGCUGCACCUGUGUGAGGCCCAGCGUCAUACCGCAGCGGCCAUAA